UCUUGAGGACGAGAUCGGAAGGCUGGUGAUCACUCGACCUUCGACCGUUGACCGUUGACCGUGUCCGUCCGUCUCGGCCGACACUUGACGAUCUUCUCGUAUCGUGAAAGAAGCCCCAUUAUUACAUUCGCCUACUAUUUCUCUUGCUUAGUCUUGUUGUUGCUCAUCACUCGACUUCUCUCUUUGAACCCUCAUUGUCUAGACGAUCUUCCGGAUACUCGAUCACAACCACACUGGGCGAUCCCGAUACGAACUUGGCUGUUCGUUCGCAGCCAUACGCUCGGCUAAAGCGAUUCAUGCCGUGCUAUUCCGUAUCCCAUAUUCAACAUGUAUUCCAAUACCCAACAGAAUCAGGCAAGGCCGUUUCAGGUCCCGCCGCCUCCGCCCAUGUCGCCACCCAUCGCUGGUCAGCCCGGGCAGCUUAAUACUAUGUUAAAUAUCCCGCCUCCGCCACCUAGAUACCCGAGUGCCCCUUCAGCAACCGGCGGCGUCGUGCUGCCUCCGCCGCCCGGUCCUCCGCCAAAUAGCGCUCUAGGUCCGCAGCCUCCGUGGCAAAACAACUGGGGCCGUACGUACAAUGGGCAGCCCAGCUUCGCGAUUCCUCCUCCGCCUGCGGGCGGUCCUGUCCCAACAUAUAAUCCGAAACUCCAUUCCCAGGCUUCAAAUGGGACUCUUUCCAUCCCUCCACCCCCUCCGCCGGCCGAGCUUAUGUCGGGCACGUACAGACCCGGAAACGAUGCGAAUGAGGCGAUGGUAUCUGCAACGUAUAUACCGGGAGGCGAUACCUACGGGGAGGGUGUUGGUAUACCUGGUUUCUUCCCGGAUGAUUCGGCGACCCAGUCAACAAGCACUACCCAAAGCUCCUGGCCCUCUAGCCAGACGAGUAGCGUGAAUACCAUGAGCAGCAUGAAUACUAUGUCAAUGGAUGAUCCCAACCGUGGGCUGCUAUACGCCAAUGCAUUUAAUAACCGGAUGUUGUCGACAACCUCGAAUUCCACCAAUGUUCACUCCGAGAUUCCUCCCGAACUAGCAGCUAAGUGGCCUUUAGAUCAUGUACUGUUAUGGCUUGCCGCGAACCACUUCUCCAAAGAAUGGCAAGAGACGUUUAAGAACCUCAACAUUCACGGAGCACAGUUCCUCGAGCUUGGUAGUCAAAAGGGCGGCCGUGGAAAUUUUGGUAUGAUGCAUCAGCUCGUCUAUCCCCGAUUGGCGCAGGAGUGUGUCAAUAAUAAUACCAAUUGGGAUCAGCCCCGAGAAAGGGAAGAGGGGAAGCGGAUGCGCCGCCUUAUACGAAGUAUAGUUACUGGGAAACCAGUCGACAGCGCCAAAUCGUUGCCAUCUCACGCCAGUAAGGAAUCCCUUGCUAGUGCUCAUGCACAGAGUGCUGGCACAGACGCGGAGUCUCCCAAUACUCCUAUCAAGUUCGGCUCCAGCAUCAGGGGAUUUUCUCAGUCUCGAUCUACGACUAUGCCAACUCUCAAUAACCCGAUGAGCUCGGACUCCAACCACCGUGCCAUGCUAAAGAAUAUUGAUAUUGAAAGCAGUCGCAAGCUAAGCCCAAGCUUAAGUGAGCAUGGAGAUGGAAAUUACCGAGCUGCGCUGCGAAGUGACAGCCCUGGAUCUAGCCCGAAACUAUCGACCGCAUUCCUACCCCAGCCUCAGCCUUCUUCAGGAAGCUUGUCUCCCUCUAGCAGGUUUCAUCACAAAUCCAGAAAUAGCACCGACUCCGUUUCCUCGAACGCGGCAAUAUACGGAUCUGGUGUCCCGCCUGAAGCAGGUCAGCUACUCCGAAAUGGCAUGAGUGGGAUUGGGGAUAUGAUUCAUGCUAGUCGCGGCGAUCGACGUUACAAUGCCGACGGAAAACAUGCUGAAAACGAUAACAGGCCUGGUUCGGCAGAACCGUCUUCUGCGAGGGAUAACAAGAGCUUCUUAAGCUUUUUAAAGAAAAAGAACAAACAGAAAGAUGAUGGCUCCUACCCUUCGCCUGACGAUGCAAAUUCGCCUACGAGUCCCAACCUGCUGAGGCCUCGGUUUGGAACCCCCCCACCAGAAGCCGUUCAAGACUCAGCCCCGACAUUCAGACGUAAUAAAAAUGGGCCUCGAGUAUUUAUCCUCGUCACAUUGGAUGGCUGGAAUUAUAGACUAUGCGAUGUCACCGACUGUGAUACAGCCGCAGAUCUACGCUCUAAUAUCUGCACACAUCUAGGACUCCCUGACCCAAGAGGGUUCGAGAUAUUUUUAACUGAGUUAGGUCGCGAAACGCAUGACGAGGCGUUGGAGGAUCAGAGCUUGUGGAUUCAUAAACGCAACAAGGGCGAUGCUCACGGCACUCUAAAAUUCUUCAUUAAGAUCGGCAAACCCAGCAAUGGCGGUCUCGCCCACCCGGCGGCACUGUCGCCCGGUUAUCUAGCCCCUGGUUCUAACAUAAACGAGGACGCUUAUGCUCACCUCAAUGGUCGUACCAGGUCAAGCUCGUCGCCUCCCACUUCGAGGACCAAUACGCUUUCAGCCGGUUCACCGCCAAAUGACGCCGAACUGGCCGCCAAGGCUAACGAGUAUCGAGCCGAAGUGGAAAAGCAACAAGCAGCAUAUCUUGCUAAACGAAGGCAAGCCAUUAAAGAAUCUUCUCCUCAUGAAAUAUCUCCCCAGACUGGAAUUGUCGGUAGGAAUGUGGAUUUUGACCACCCGCGUCUCUCGCCAUUUGACGACAAGAAACCGGAUAACCUCUUCCCGCAGAGGAAAGCACCCGCGCCGCCAGUCGUUGAGACCGCUACCCUAAUCAAGGCGAAUUCACUGAGUAAGAAGACCGGCCACAACAUGCGGCCAUCCCAAGGUAGUCUAGAUGGAUUUCCUAGUCCCAGGCGGCCAUCCACUUCGACAGGUGCGGCGAACCAAGGUGCAUAUCAGAAUCGACCUGGUGGGCCCCCUUCUCCGCCGGCAGGAUCGGCCCUUGGCGCUUUGGUGAAUAUGGGAAGUGCCUGGGGCCGACUAGGUCGCCCAUCAACCGCGGUACCGCAACAACGGUCGGUGUCUCCCAGAAAUACAUCGGCACCUGCGCCCGUACCUGCACCAGCAGCGGAAAUAGUGGAACAGAAAGGUAAGGGAGCAAUGGCAAGCGUUGAUUUUGGCACGACAGCCUCGGGACGUAGCAGUUCUCGGUCAAGGUCUGGUUCACCCGGCUCUCUAACUUGGGGCCGUGGUGACAUACCAUUCGUUGUUCCAGACUACUCUCCCGGUGACACCCCCCCAUCUCUUGGUAACCGGGGCACAACACAGCUAGAGCCGAUUACUAAAAUGCGUGAAAUAGCACAACGAGCGCCCUCUCCCGGUGAUCUUAGUCCGAGCACGGCACACCCCGCCCCAGGAGCUCCCGCCAGCCAAGGAAAUCCUACAGGUCCCCCCCGCCGAAAAUCCCACGGCCCCGAUGUGGACUUCACCGAGACAGAUGUGCAGUUUUCCAAGCCAGCAGCGCCUGCUAAGCCAACGAACGAAGAGUCGGGCGACGAUUCGGACGAUGGUCUUUUUGCUAUUCCGAUGAGGGGGAGACAGCCGUCAAAGAAGGCGGUACGUAAACAACCGAGCCGCAACGAGACAAGUGUCCUCGAUAGCGACUCGGAAUCCAGUGACAGCAAGAAACCGAACUUGAGGGUCAAGACUUCGAGGUCUAAGAAAGGUCUGUCGGUUACAUUUAAUGCUUCUCCAGGCUCGUCUAAUACGCCUGAUUUGGAGGACGACGAUGGAAGUAUCCGGAGCGGACGGGACUCUCACCGCCGCACACCAGGAACUCCGGGCUCGGACCAAUGGCAGUCUGACGAUAGCAAGCUUAAUCGCCGGAAGUCGUUCGUCGAUCGUGGUGUGUGGGCCAACCGUCCACCUCCCGAGGCUUUGCUCAGCAACCUUGAUGCUUUCUUCCCGGAACUCGACCUGGAUCAGCCUGUGCUAGACGAGAAUGAGUUGCCGGUAUCGCCCAUAAAUGAGCACGAGGAGCUUCCGAGUGGAAAUGGUAAAGCAGCAGCAUCCACUUUGAACAUUGAACCACUUAUACCUGCUACCGGGACUGGUACUACGAGAUCGUCGGUGUAUAAUGAGAGCGACACACUCGGUUCCGACGAAUCGACUCUUAAGGCGCUAGAGCGUCCCCCUUCGAUUGCUUCGGUUGCGACCCGAAACAUGCAGCGCUCAAGCGGUCUUGGCCGUAUGAAGUCCAUCCGAGAGGUAGCGCGUGGGGCUCAUGAAGCGAACAAGCGAUUCACCACAACUACGGCCAGUGGCGGGGCCGGAGCGUCGUCGAUGAUCCAACGCCGGAAGAGUACGAAGAUGUUUGGCGCUAAUGUCGUUCAAAUUCGCCCCGAGCGUGGGUCAAUGAUUGUACCGCAAAUUCCACAGGACGUUCUGCCAAAGCGGCAAACGACAUUCCGAUGGUUCAAGGGUGAGCUCAUCGGUAAGGGUACCUACGGACGUGUGUACUUGGGUAUGAAUGCUACGACAGGUGAAUUCCUGGCCGUCAAGGAAGUCGAAGUCAAUCCCAAAGCUGCGGCUGGAGAUAAAAACAAGAUGAAGGAACUUCUGAAGGCCUUGGACCAGGAAAUUGACACGAUGCAGAAUCUAGAUCACGUCAAUAUUGUGCAAUAUCUCGGCUGCGAGAGGAAGGAGACAAGCAUUAGCAUCUUCUUGGAGUAUAUUUCUGGUGGUAGUAUUGGGUCGUGUUUGCGCAAACACGGAAAAUUUGAGGAGCCGGUGGUUAGCUCGUUGACUAGGCAGACACUCUCAGGUCUAGCAUACCUGCACCGUGAGGGUAUUCUGCACCGAGAUCUAAAGGCCGACAAUAUUCUGCUGGAUGUAGACGGGACUUGCAAGAUUUCGGAUUUCGGCAUCAGCAAGAAAACAGACAAUAUAUACGGCAACGACAAGACCAACUCGAUGCAGGGUUCUGUGUUCUGGAUGGCGCCGGAAGUGAUCCGAUCCCAGGGCGAAGGGUACAGCGCAAAGGUCGACAUCUGGAGUUUAGGGUGCGUCGUCUUAGAGAUGUUCGCGGGCAGGAGACCUUGGAGCAAGGAAGAGGCUGUUGGUGCAAUCUACAAGAUCGCGAACGGAGAGACGCCGCCAAUUACGGACGACGUACGCGACACUAUUAGCCCCUAUGCUCUGGGGUUCAUGUUGGACUGCUUCACUGUUGACCCUAGAGACCGCCCAACGGCUGAGCGUUUGCUAAGAGCGCACGAAUUCUGCGAGCUCGACGCAGAUUAUAACUUCUUCGACACGGACCUUUACGCCAAGAUUAGAGGCACGUUCCAGUAGAACAUGCAUCUAAGGACGAAUGUGAAUGAGACGAUGGUGAAGAUCUAGAUAGACCUUGUAUCCCGGUUCGAGUCCUCAGCUCCGAGUAUGGCUUUUUGGUGUUGUAUAGAGAGGUAGAGAAGGCAAGAUGAUGACCUGCUUCGGUGCUACAGGCUAAGACGCCUGAGGAUUAAUGGGCUGGUGACACGGCAG